AUGCUCGUUGUCUUGAAUGGUAGGAUUGGUUCAUCUUAUAACACCAACUGGCGCGGAAAGCAAGUUGACGAGAGAUUUGAAGUCGAGAUCAAAUUUGCUGCCUCAGGCUGCAAGUUGUCUGUGUUGGCCGGCAGCUGUGCACUACAUACAUCACGAGCCAAAAAACGAACUCUCAAAGCUGCUUGGAAGAGGAAGAUUAUCGCGGUUGAGACUCUUGUUCUAGAUGAGGGCCCCACAAUGCCAUGA